CAGGGCACUCCUGAGCCUCCCAGCUAAUGAUGAGGUCAUUCACUCUCCUCUCGUUUUCCUUUAAGAUAAUCCCUUUCCCGACCCGCCGUUUUGGCUCACAGCCCUACUUAAGUUACAGCCUACUUCUCACUGCCAAGCGUGGGUGUCACUGCCGGCUUGGGGAGCGUGGAUCUUAUAAACUUGCCUCAUCGGGAGGCUUUAAGGAGUGACCUCCAGGGACUAGACAAGUAGCUUGUUCUUCACAAUCGGUGCCCUCCCAAGAACAUCCAGGGUUUCAGCCUCAGUGCUAAGACAACUAUGUCUCUCCCUGACAUGUGCUCGCUGCUGGUAAUUCUAGGGAAAGCAGAGGGCUGUGCAGGUGCCCCUGCCCCUAGGCUAGGAGAGCUGGCAAAUGCCUAGAGACCCAAAGGCCUCAUCCUCAGGGAGGCCAGCUCUUCUGUUUUAGUAAUAUUUUAUUGUGAUUUACAGUGCAACUGACCGGUUCAAACAACACCACCUGUAUUCAUAAACUUUCUUUUUCCUUUCCUUCCUCACUGCCCAGCUUUAAGUUCAUUCUUGUAAGUGUUGCUGGUGUCAGGAUAGGAACCUCCCUGCACUUGGAAUGGAUGAAUGUGACCUCUCCCACAUUCUCCGGUGCUGUGAUGUGCCUUAAACACACCAAGGUGCUUGGACACAAAGCCUGUGCCUGGAGCCCUUAUGCAGUUUCAGACUGACAGGCCGUAACCCUCCCUACAGACUCAGUGCCAUUGUAAAUGUUUCUGCCUGGAAAAUACAUGAACACAAAUAUCUGCAGUUGGCAAACCACCACCGUCUUGCAGCCCCAAGAGAGCCUCAGGAAUCCAGAUUUCUUUGAUAUUUCUGCUCCCUGUCCUUGGUGCAUAGCUUCCAUCCCCAGGACGACCCACAGUCCAGCGGGGAAGAGAGCCAGGGACAAAGCCAGAGGAACUAGCUCCCGCACCUCCUAGCCCCAGCUGAGUUAGCUUCUUGAGGCUGUUUCCUGGAAGCCCUGCUGUCACUUCUGCGGACACCUCACUGGCCGUCUCCACUGCAAGGCAGGCUAGAAAGUGUAGUGUCUCUCCGGACGCAUGGAUUCCUGGAAUCAAUUCAGGGUCUGUCCUUAGGGAACCAGAGUGACGAUGUUCAGCCACCAAAGAUGCAGGUUCCCAGCUGUCCAGUGAAGUCAAGAGAACGGGGAAGGGUUUGAACUCACCUUUGGGUAUUUGGAGUGGUCAGAGCUGUCUGACUCCUUCUGGGGUGGCAGUGCCCCACUCUGUGAAGUCCCAUGCCUGCCCCCAACUCAGCUUCAGCCACAAUGAUGUAACUUCUUUUCCUUUCUGUCCACAGGGCACCUGGCCUGGGUGGAGCCCACUCCUCUGCACCCACCUCACUUCUUGCAGUAUUCUGCACACCCCAGCCCUAUGCCUGGGCUCCCGGAUAGCUGGAGGUAGAGAGCAGGCCCUGGAAGAUGCUCAUUCAGGCCGUGCUCAAGAUUCUAGUCCUGAUUGCUGGGCUCGUGGAAGAGAGACUGUACGUGAAAGCCCCAGCCACCCACCAAAUCAGAGAGAAAGAAUCCGUCUUCUUACGCCAUGGCAGGUAAGAAAGUACUCAUUGUCUAUGCGCACGAGGAGCCCAGGUCUUUCAACGGAUCCUUGAAGAAUGUGGCUGUAGAUGAACUGAGCAGGCAGGGCUGCACGGUCACAGUGUCUGAUUUAUACGCCAUGAACUUUGAGCCGAGGGCCACAAGGAAAGAUAUCACUGCUGCUCUUUCUAAUCCUGAGGUUUUCAAUUAUGGAAUGGAAACCUACGAAGCCUACAAGCAAAGGUCUCUGGCUGGCGACAUCACUGAUGAGCAGAAAAAGGUUCGGGAGGCUGACCUAGUGAUAUUUCAGUUCCCGCUGUACUGGUUCAGCGUGCCGGCCAUCCUGAAGGGCUGGAUGGAUAGGGUGCUGUGCCGGGGCUUUGCCUUCGACGUCCCAGGAUUCUACGAUUCCGGUUUGCUCCAGGGUAAACUAGCGCUCCUUUCCGUAACCACAGGAGGCACGGCCGAGAUGUACACGAAGACAGGAGUCAAUGGGGAUUUUCGAUACUUCCUGUGGCCACUCCAGCACGGCACAUUACACUUCUGCGGAUUUAAAGUCCUUGCCCCUCAGAUCAGUUUUGCUCCUGAAAUUGCAUCCGAAGAAGAAAGAAAGGAGAUGGUGGCUGCAUGGUCCCAGAGGCUGCAGACCAUCUGGAAGGAGGAGCCCAUCCCGUGCACAGCCCACUGGUACUUCGGGCAAUAACUCUGUGGCACGUGGGCAUCACGUAAGCAGCACACUAGGAGACCCAGGCACAGGCAAAGAGAAGACGGUGCUGUCAUGAAAUAAAAUUACAACAUAGCUACCUGG